GCCCUCUUUAUUGUUCAAGCGGGUCUUUGGAGCACGCCUGCGCAAUAGGCAGCUGGAGAAGGCUUUGGGUGAGACCCUCCGCACAGCCCCUUUUCAUUGUCUGCGUUUGGCGCCUGCGCAGUUGGAGAUCGUUGGGACUGGGCCGACCGAGGGGAUAGGGCCCGGCUCCUCGCCCAUUCCUCAGGCGCCUGCGCACUGGGCGGCCGCUCUUUGCCGUUACCGCUAUGUGCGGGGCGUGUGUGGAAUAACGUUAUUGCCCAGCGGAGCACAGGGCCGGGAGCUCGACCGCGGCGGCAGCGACGACGACGACGACAGCGGCGACGACGACGACGACGGGGUGGGGGCAGGACGGCGUGCGAGAGACUGACGGGACGCGACGCGCCCCGCCUCCCCCGUCCGGUCCCUCUCUCAGCGGUGAGGGGAUGACGUAGUUUUGCCAGAGACUUAGAAGCUAAGCAGAAAAUGAGCUUAACAUCCUGGUUUUUGGUGAGCAGUGGAGGCACUCGCCACAGGCUGCCACGAGAAAUGAUUUUUGUUGGAAGAGAUGACUGUGAGCUCAUGUUGCAGUCUCGUAGUGUAGACAAGCAACAUGCUGUAAUCAAUUAUGAUGCCUCUAUGGAUGAACAUUUGGUGAAAGAUUUGGGCAGCCUAAAUGGGACUUUUGUGAAUGAUGUAAGGAUUCCAGAACAGACUUAUAUCACCUUGAAACUUGAAGAUAAGCUGAGAUUUGGAUAUGAUACAAAUCUUUUCACUGUAGUCCGAGGAGAAAUGAGGGUCCCUGAAGAAGCUCUAAAGCACGAGAAAUUUACCAUUCAGCUUCAGUUGUCCCAAAAAUCUUCAGAAUCAGAAUUAUCAAAAUCUGCAUGUGCCAAAAGCAUAGAUUCAAAGGUGGCAGAUACUUCAACUGAAGUGCAGCACAAAGCCACAGAAGUACUAAAAUCUGAGGAAAAAGCCAUGGACAUUUCUGCCAUGCCCCGGGGCACUCCCUUAUACGGGCAGCCAUCAUGGUGGGGAGAUGAUGAAGUGGAGGAUCAGAGGGCUUUCAAGUCAAAUGGCAAAGCCGAAGAAAAAAGUCAUGAAACUGGAACAGCAGGGUGCAGCAUAGAUGCCAAGCAAGUUGAAGAACAGUCUGCAGCUGCAAAUGAAGAAGUACUUUUUCCUUUCUGUAGGGAACCAAGUUACUUUGAAAUCCCUACAAAAGAAUUUCAGCAGCCAUCACAAAUAACAGAGAGCACUAUUCAUGAAAUCCCAACAAAAGACACACCAAGUUCCCAUACAGCAGGUGCAGGGCAUGCUUCAUUUACCAUUGAAUUUGAUGACAGUACUCCAGGGAAGGUAACUAUUAGAGACCAUGUGACAAAAUUUACUUCUGAUCAGCGCCACAAGUCCAAGAAGUCUUCUCCUGGAACUCAAGACCUGCCCGGGAUUCAAACAGGAAUGAUGGCACCAGAAAAUAAAGUAGCUGACUGGCUAGCACAGAACAACCCUCCUCAAAUGGUAUGGGAAAGAACAGAAGAGGAUUCCAAAAGUAUUAAAAGUGAUGUUCCAGUUUACUUGAAAAGGUUGAAAGGAAAUAAACAUGAUGAUGGUACACAAAGCGAUUCAGAAAAUGCUGGGGCUCACAGGCGCUGUAGCAAACGUGCAGCUCUUGAGGAACACUUAAGGCGCCACCAUUCCGAACAGAAAAAGCUACAGAAGGCCCAGUCUGCUGAAAAGCAUCAAGACCAAGCUGUUACAAGCUCUACGCAUCACAGAGGGGGGCAUGGUGUUCCACAUGGGAAAUUGUUAAAACAGAAAUCAGAGGAGCCAUCGGUGUCAAUUCCCUUCCUACAAACUGCAUUGUUAAGAAGUUCAGGGAGUCUUGGGCACAGACCAAGCCAGGAGAUGGAUAAAAUGUUAAAAAAUCAACCUACUUCUGCCACUUCUGAAAAGGAUAAUGAUGAUGACCAAAGUGACAAGGGUACUUAUACCAUUGAGUUAGAGAAUCCCAACAGUGAGGAAGUGGAAGCAAGAAAAAUGAUUGACAAGGUAUUUGGAGUAGAUGACAAUCAGGAUUAUAAUAGGCCUAUUAUCAAUGAAAAGCAUAAAGAUCUGAUAAAAGAUUGGGCUCUCAGUUCUGCUGCAAUAGUAAUGGAAGAAAGAAAGCCACUGAGUACACCUGGAUUUCACAACUCAGAGGAAGGUGCAUCUUCAUCUGGAAACAAACGCUGGGUUUCACAGUGGGCUAGUUUGGCUGCAAAUCAUACAAGGCAUGAUCAAGAAGAAAGAAUAAUGGAAUUGUCUGUACCUGUUCCUUUAGAGAAUGAUACAGAUAUCAGCGAGUCUGGCAUUUCAGCACGAAGUACUGGCUCGGCAACUUCCCUGGCUAGUCAGGGAGAGAGAAGGAGACGCACCCUUCCCCAGCUUCCAAAUGAAGAAAAGUCUCUUGAGAGCUCCAGAGCCAAGGUUAUAACACAGAGGUCAGAGAUUGGAGAAAAACAAGACACAGAACUUCAGGAGAAAGAAGCUCCUACACAGGCAUAUCAGAAGGAUAAACAAGAUGCUGACCGACCCCUGAGUAAGAUGAGCAGGGCAGUGAACGGCGAAGCUGCUAGGCCUGGCGGAGAUAAUAAAACCCUUCUUCACUUGGGCAGCUCUUCUGGAAAGGACAAAAGUGAUACUGAUAAGGAAGCUUCUGUGGUAAAGCAGACAUUGGCCAAAAUUCAACAACAGGAACAAAAGGAGCAGGCACAGUGGACACCUAGCAAGUUGUCUGCUUCCAAAAAUGUUUCAGGUCAGGUAGAUAGGUGCCGGGAGGAAUCUUUUAAACAAGAGUCACAACCUCAAGAAAAAGUUCCAGGACACUCUACCAGCAAAGGAGAAAGGGUGACACAAAAUGAGGGCAAGCGAAGAAAAGCUGAGGAUGUUCUCAAAGGUCAGAGUUCAAAAGGGGGAGACAAGAAGGAAUCCUCAAAGUCCUUAGUGCGACAAGGAAGCUUCACCAUAGAGAAACCUAGUCCCAACAUACCCAUAGAACUUAUUCCCCAUAUAAACAAGCAGACUUCAUCCACACCCCCUUCUCUGGCAUUGACAGCUGCCAGUAGGAUACGAGAAAGAAGUGACUCUAUGGAUACUGAUUCCAGUAUGGACACAACUCUUAUUCUGAAAGACACAGAAGCAGUGAUGGCUUUUCUGGAAGCCAAACUGCGUGAAGAUAAUAAAACUGAUGAAGGCCCAGAUACUCCCAGUUAUAAUAGAGACAACUCUAUCUCACCAGAAUCUGAUGUGGACACAGCUAGUACAAUCAGUCUGGUCACAGGAGAGACUGAAAGAAAGUCAACCCAAAAGCGAAAGAGUUUCACAAGUCUCUAUAAAGAUAGAUGUUCCACAGGUUCUCCUUCCAAAGAUGUUACAAAAUCAUCAUCUUCAGGUGCUAGGGAGAAAAUUGAGAAGAAAACAAAAAGUCGUUCGUCAGAGGUAGGCUCAAGAGCGGAUGGCCGUAAAUUUGUACAGUCCAGUGGAAGAAUGAGACAACCUUCAGUAGAUUUGACAGAUGAUGACCAAACCUCUAGUGUACCUCAUUCUGCUAUCUCUGAUAUUAUGUCAUCUGAUCAGGAAACUUACUCUUGUAAAUCUCAUGCCAGGACUCCACUUACCUCAACUGAUGAGCAUGCACAUUCCAAACUGGAAGGAAGUAAAGUAACUAAAUCUAAGACUUCUCCUAUAGCACCUGGAUCAUCCAGUAAAUCAACCACUCUUCCAAGGCCGCGACCUACCAGGACUUCCCUCUUGCGCAGAGCACGACUUGGUGAAGUGUCCGACAGUGAACUGGCUGAUGCUGACAAAGCAUCCGUUGCUUCUGAAGUGUCCACAACCAGUUCCACAUCAAAGCCCCCCACAGGAAGGCGUAACAUCUCUAGGAUUGAUUUAUUGGCUCAGCCUCGUCGAACAAGGCUUGGCUCAUUAUCAGCUCGCAGUGACUCUGAGGCAACAAUCUCUAGAAGUAGUGCCUCUUCGAGGACUGCAGAAGCCAUCAUUAGAAGUGGAGCCAGAUUAGUACCUUCAGAUAAAUUUUCUCCUAGAAUUAGAGCUAACAGUAUCUCUCGACUAUCGGACUCCAAGGUCAAAAGUAUGACCUCAGCACAUGGCUCCCCUUCAGUAAAUUCAAGAUGGAGGCGCUUUCCUACUGAUUAUGCUUCCACCUCAGAAGAUGAAUUUGGAUCAAACCGUAAUUCCCCUAAACAUACUCGUCUACGUACUUCUCCAGCCCUGAAAACCACUCGGUUGCAGAGCUCUGGGUCAGCAGCAAUGCCUACUAGUUCUUCGUUCAAGCACCGGAUCAAAGAGCAGGAAGACUACAUCCGAGACUGGACAGCCCAUCGAGAAGAGAUAGCCAGGAUCAGCCAAGAUCUUGCUCUCAUUGCUCGGGAAAUCAACGAUGUAGCAGGAGAGAUAGAUUCAGUGACUUCAUCAGGCACUGCCCCUAGUACCACAGUAAGCACUGCUGCCACCACCCCUGGCUCUGCCAUAGACACUAGAGAAGAGGUAGGAGAUCUUCAUGGAGAAAUGCAUAAGUUGGUUGAUCGUGUUUUUGAUGAAAGCCUCAACUUCCGAAAGAUCCCUCCAUUAGUUCAUUCUAAAACUCCAGAAGGAAACAACUGUAGAUCUGGUGAUCCAAGACCGCAGCCAACAGAGCCUCCUGAUCACUUAACAAUUACAAGACGGAGAACCUGGAGUAGAGAUGAAGUCAUGGGAGAUAAUCUGCUGCUGUCAUCCGUCUUUCAGUUUUCUAGGAAGAUAAGACAGUCUAUAGAUAAAACAGCUGGAAAGAUCAGAAUAUUAUUUAAAGAUAAGGAUCGGAACUGGGAUGAAAUAGAAAGCAAGUUAAGAGCUGAGAGUGAAGUCCCUAUUGUGAAAACCUCAAGCAUGGAGAUUUCUUCUAUAUUACAGGAGCUAAAAAGAGUUGAAAAGCAGCUACAAGCAAUCAAUGCGAUGAUUGACCCAGAUGGAACUCUGGAGGCUUUGAACAACAUGGGAUUCCCCAGCGCUAUCUUGCCAUCUCCACCAAAACAGAAGUCUCCCGUGAAUAACCACAGCAGCCCGGGUCAGACACCGACACUUUGCCCGCCAGAAGCUAGGGUUCCCCAUCCUGCUGCUAUCUCAGUGUCAGCUGAAUUUGAGAAUGCCGAGUCUGAGGCUGAUUUCAGUAUCCAUUUCAAUAGGUUCAACCCUGAUGGGGAAGAAGAAGACGUUACAGUACAUGAGUGACUUUCUCUCGAUGGUUAAAAACCAGUACCUGUGGAUGACUAGGAAUACUGGAAGCAGCAUAGUGUUGACUUAACAAAACAAGAUCGCUUGAUCAGCUACAAUCUUGUUCUCUCUGUCUUCUUAAUUUUAUUUAUUUAUUUUUUACCUAUAAUGUGGUAUCCUAUUAAUCCUUCAGACCAUUAGAAAACUACGUGAUGCACAUAUAGGAAAAAAGCAGAUUGUGGCAGUUUCGCCUUUUGUGGUUUUAUGAUUUUCAAAUUGAAUUCUCUCAUUGCAUCCUUUCCCUUCAUAGAUCUUUGUUUUUUUUCUUUAAGCCAUGCUGUGACCUACAAGCAAAUUAAAUACCCAACAUUUCUGACCCCCAUGUCUUCUGUGCCAAGCUGCUCCCGAAAUGGACUUCCUCUUCAUCUGUACAGAUUUGUUAAACGCUUAUAUUUACUUCUUAAUAAUAGGAUUUAUAUUAGUAUUCAUUACCAUUGGAUACAAUGACAUAUUACUCUCCACAGUCCUGACCUUUCAAAACAGUCGUUCUUGUGUUCUGAAAUUUUCCAGCAUAUAUGUGAUUUAUAUAACUUUGUUGCUACGUAAAUUGUCUUGGGGUUUACGGAGAUGAACUAUUAUGUUUGCACUAAGAUUUGCCGGGAGUGGUAGGUGGACAUAGCUGUAUAUCAAUAAGGAAGGACUAACCGUCUUUUUUGUAUAUAGGAUAUUGAUAAUACUGUAUUUGUUUUAACCCCUUGGUGUUUUACUCCACUUUCAAAAUGCUCAAUUUGGCACUUUUUUCAAAAAUUUUUUUAACGGAAGUAAGAUUUUUGUCUCAUUUUAGGGCAGAUGAUAAGUAGACAGAUUAGACUGUUUAGGUGGAGUAUAUUUUUUAAACUGAAAACAUGUAUAUUGGUCCUGUGUUACCAAGUUUAUAUGUGACAGUUGAAAAAAAAUCCCCUUGAGAUGAUCAUGAGGUUAAGAUUUGCUUUUUUAGGAGACUUGGAGAACCAGUAGUCAUAAGAUUAGUGGAUAGUUUCACUCCCAAGCAAUGAACUGCUUCUGUGUGUUCCCCAGUAGGACCCACUAGUAAAUCCUGUCCGUCUUACACAUUUAGAAGGACCCUGCGAGACCAUAAUGAUGAAGGCUCGGGCCUAUGCCACUAAACAGGAAGCCUGUGGAAAAGUACCUUCUGUAAACUUGUGUUUUCUCCUUCCAGUAAGUUCACAUUUGGAUAAGUUUUAAAAGAAAGUCAUUAUCUUUGUGUUUCCAGAACACUAUAAUUUGGGCGAAUCUUAAUUCCUUUAAAUAUUACUUAGUAGACUUGGAUUUCCCCCUUGACCCUAUCAGUCUAUAAAGAUUAAUACUGCAGUUUUUGCAACUUUUACAAAUGGUCUUUAGUAUUUCAGCAAUAAUCCUGUACUACAUUGGUUGCAAGAGACUAACUCUGGACGUAUCAAAACUUUACAAGAUUUAAAAACUCCUGUAAUGUUGGGCCAGUUAAUAGAGAUGCAAAAAAAAAAAGAAAAAAAAGAAAACCCACAAAAAAACCCUUUUUGUAGAGAUGUAAAAAACAAAAGACUGUUGUAUAAUGAAUCUCAUAUUUUUCUUUAAAUUAAAAAAAAGGUAAAUGAACUCUUCUCCUUGUAAAGCUAAAACUUCUCCAUUCUAUCUAAUAAAGGAAGACUGAAAAAAAGUUUUAAAGAACAUGAAUGGAAUGAUACAAAGAUGCUUUGAAGGAGUAAGUGAAACAUUAAAACAGGGUCCAUUUGAAGAAAAAGUCAAACAAAAUAAUCACCAUCGCUCUCUCUUUUAUUUAAUGUUUGGGUACUGAUUAUAUCCCCAUGGAAGUAGAAGGUAAGGAGUUGUUUAGGAAAAUAUUAGCAUCUACUCUACUUACAUUAUCCUUUAAGUGUUUACACCGUUUUGUUCAAUUAUAAACAUUUGGCCUUUUACUAUGUUAUUUUUAUUUUGUAUGAAUACAUUUCCUCCUUAUUUAUUUUUGUUACAUUUAUUACUUAUGUUAUUUUGUUAUGCAUUUACAACUCCAUUUUUAAAUAAAGUGUUUCUGGA